CUAGACCACUCCUCUGCAUCUUUUUUAUUUUUACACACUCUUCUCUUCUUUCUUUUAUUUAUUUUUUAUUUGGGUAUUUUCUAUUUGUAUUUGGUGGGUCCCUUAGCCUGCAAAAACAAGCGCACACACAGCUGUAUCAUUAUUAAAUCUUCCUCAACCAGCAACUUCUUCAACUUCCCUUCUAACUGCUUCACACCCAUAACCAUUACCCUCUCUCUCUGAUUUUCUUCUACCUUUUUCUUAUUCUUCACCACCAUGGCUAAAUCUUCUGAAGACACCGAGUUCGACAAAGAGAACAACAAAAAUGAGAUUCAAACUGCGUUCGACGCCGUCUUGGGCUUCCCUUCUGAGUUUCCUUACGAGUUUGACUCGUUUGAAACUAAUAACAACGACGAAGAAGAUUUCUUUGCUGCUCUAACUCGUCGACUUAAUCAAGCUUCGAUUCACGAAGCUCAGAAGCAAGUCACUGUUCCCAUUCUCAACAACGAGAAAACUCAGAUUCAUGAGAAGGUUCAAGUUAUGGCCGGUUCGCCUCAGUCCACGUUAACCGGAAUCGGAAGCUGGUCGGGUCUUAGCGGCGGCGAAUCAAGCGACGGAAGUCCGAACGGUUCGACUCGUGUUCCUUCUCCGACGACGGUGCCGUGUUCCACCGGGAACGAUGCUUGGGAGGUUUUGUACGCCGCCGCGGGUCAGGUCGCGAAGUUGAAGAUGUACGAUGAAGGGUCAUCGUUCGAAUUGAUGAACACACGUGGGCUUCCGCCACCUACUGCGGUGGAGAAUCGCGCCGCCGCGCUUUUCUCAAACCCUAAUUCUUCUCAUGUUCAGUACCAGCAACAACAAGUAAAGCAACAGUGUGGUUCUAUCUGGGGAAGACAAGCCCACUCUCAGGCCCAAGCACAAGCCCAUGCAAAGGCUACUAACUGGUCUUCUCAGUUGAUUCAGAACCGAGUAUAUGAUUACGAGAAUGUGAAAUGCACGCGCGCUAUGUCUGGUUCAGCGUGGCUUUCACCUCUUCAAGUGAAAAACCCAAAUAAUAACCCGAUUGCUUUUAGCGGAUCCGGGUCGCGACCCGUUUUACAAAGUGGAUCUAGUGUUAAAAGAGGAUGUGGAGGAACAGGGGUGUUCUUACCUCGUCAAUAUGGGGUCCCUCCUUCGGAAUCUCGCAGGAAAACAAGUUGUGCACCUAUUUUGGUCCCAGCGAAAGUAAUUCAUGCUCUAAAUUUGAACGUUGAUGACUUUAAUGGUGGUCGACAACCUCGUUUCUCGAGUGAUUUUGGCGUGGAUUAUGAUGCUUUGUUGGCAAGAAGAAAUGCUCUUCUGAUGCAGCAGAGAUUAAGCAUGCGGAGAGAAGAGGCUGCGAGUUACGAAGUUCGUUUGCCUCAGGAAUGGACUUACUGAUUCAUUUUAAUAAUAGUUCAAAAAAAGAUUCAAUUUCCUCAGCAAUGGAGAAGAAAAUAGUGAAAUUAGAAGGGUUGUGAUUUUUAGUUUUCUUUUUUAUAAUAAUUUUGAAGUUAAAAGAUAAGAUUUAAGAAUGUGUUUUGGGUAGUUUAGUGUCAAUAAAACAUCCGGUUUUUGUGAGAGAUGCAGCUUUUGGAACACUUGUAGUUGGAAGAAAAGUGAAAAAUGUUAGAUAGGGAGUUUUGUCUUUUGAUUAUUAUUAUUAUUAUAUUAUUAAUAUUUGUAAUAAGGCAAAGUGGUUGUUUUCUUCCAUCUUAUAUUAUUACGUCGAUGGAAGAAGAGUAAAGGGCUUAUUAGCAUUAGUUAUAAAGUAUUGAAAGUUUGCUCAUAAACUAUUUGUAAAAGCUCUUUUUGACAAGAAGCUCUUCCUCAUUAAUGAAUGAAUAUUAUAUUAAAUGGAAUAGUGAAUGUA